AUGGGAUCAAGAGUCCGUUCUGACCAUAGAGGCGAAGGUGGCCUCAAGAUGCUGCCAUUAAUCAUCGGCCUGGCGCUGGUGCUUCUCCUGAACUCCUCAUGGCUUGUAGCCCUGAUGAUUGUGGUGGGGCUACUACUAUUUUUUGUCAUCAACCUGAUCAUGCGGCAGGAGUCUAUGCUUUAUGUUCCUUGUGUCAUGCCGGGCAUGCAGACCCCAAGUGACAAUCCUGAAGGCAUGCGAAGCCCAGCUGACAGGGAGAUGCCGUUCGAGGAUGUUUUCCUAGAGACCGUCGACGGUCUGCGAAUACAUGGCUGGUUUCUGCCAGUGGGUGAUGAGAAAGAAACGCGGAGGUCGCCCACGUUACUUUUCUGCCAUGCAAAUGCAGGGAACAUAGGCUUGCGCAUCCCUAAUUUCGAGCAGCUGAUGAAAAGGUUGCGGAUGAACGUUUUUGCGCUGGACUACAGGGGCUUUGGCUUCAGUGAAGGCACUCCAUCUGAAGAGGGCCUCAUUGAGGCAACAACGGCAAAGCGCCCCUGA